AAAAAAGCAAAUCUGAGCCGCAAGCGCAAGCCUUCAAACGAGAUCGAUCGUCCAGACCUCACCUCGCCCAUUGAACCCUAACCCUCUCUUCAUCCUGACGCCAUCGCGUGCGUCAGUGCAAACUAAUUCUGCAACUUUCAGACGAAAAAAAAAGGCCCACCAGAAUUAUCAAAGACUGGAGUCAUUCUUCAGCCCUACCAUGAAGCGAUUCCCAACCAUCUCCUCCUCGACCAGGCCAUUGACCUGUCGGCAUAGGCUUCUGACAAAACGAUUGAUUUUCACCGGCAACACACAACUAACCACAACAUCAUUACCACGCACACCACAACUCUCAACCACCACUCCGAAACCGGCACGCACUUUUCACUCGGCCUCCACUCACCUUUCAGCAUUGUCGUUCAAAAAGUACACGCUGCCUCCCAAGGCCAAAAUGACAGACGCAAUUGACCUACCGGCUUCCUCCAAGCCCGCCGCCCCCACUGUGCGCACUGCUUAUAUCGCCCUGGGCAGCAACCUCGGCGACAGGAUAGGAUGGAUCGAGAAGGCUUGCAAGGAGAUGGAUGCCCGCGGUAUCAAGGUUAAGCGGACCAGUUGUCUGUGGGAGACGGAGCCCAUGUACGUCUUAGACCAGGAUAGAUUUGUCAAUGGAGCAUGCGAGGUUGAAACUACUCUAGAGCCUCUUGAGCUUCUAGACGCACUUCAGGAUAUUGAAAACUCCCUAGGUCGCAAGAAGAUUAUCGACAAGGGACCCCGUAACAUCGACCUCGACAUUCUUCUCUACGAAAACCUCAAAGUCGACCAUGAACGUCUCAAGAUCCCUCAUAUCGGCAUUCCUGAGCGCGAGUUCGUCCUCAGGCCCUUAGCAGAACUCAUUCCUGACAAACCCCUCGACCACACCCGCCCCUGGACCCUCACCCGCGACCUCCUCGACGCCCUGCCCCCCUCCUCUACCCCCAUCACCACCAUGACCCCUCUCUCCUCCCACGGCCACCCGCCCAUCCAAGCCCUCAACCCCUCGCGCAAGACGCACGUCAUGGCCAUCCUCAACAUGACGCCCGACUCCUUCUCCGACGGCGGCCAGCACGCCUCCGCCGGUCUCGAAUCCACCAUCCAAUCCUUCCUCGACGCAGGCGCCACCAUGAUCGACGUCGGCGGGCAGUCCACGGCGCCUCGCACGCCGCAGGUUUCCGCCGAGGAAGAGAUCGGCCGCGUGGUUCCCGCCAUCAAAAUGAUCCGCGAAAAGUUUUCGCACCGCGACGUGCUCAUCAGCGUCGACACGUACCGGGCGUCGGUAGCGGAGGCCGCGGUCGCCGCAGGUGCGGAUAUCGUGAACGAUGUGUCCGGAGGUAGCAUGGAUCCGGACAUGCUGCCGACUGUUGCGCGCCUGGGAAGCACCAUUUGCUUGAUGCACAUGCGCGGAACGCCGGCCAACAUGUCGAGCCUCAAUGAGUACCCCGAAGCGGAGGGCGGGUUGAUUGGGGGGAUCGCCAAGGAGCUGGUGGGUAGGGUGGCGGCUGCCGAGGCGGCGGGCAUCAGGCGCUGGAGGAUCGUGCUGGAUCCGGGGUUGGGGUUCGCAAAGGUGGGACCGCAGAAUGUGGAUGUGUUGAGGCACUUGGAGGAGUUGAGGAGCUGGCCUGGCUUGCAGGGGUUGCCGUGGCUGGUGGGCUCGAGUAGAAAGAGCUUCAUUGGGCAGGUGACGGGAGUACCGACUCCCAAGGAGAGGAUUUGGGGCACGGCGGCGACGGUCGCGGCUGCGGUGCAGGGUGGAGCGGACGUGGUGAGAGUGCAUGAUGUCAAGGAGAUGGCGCAGGUGGUUGCUAUGGCUGAUGCUAUUUGGAGGUAUUAAGCGUGCUGGUGAUCGGGAGUGGGACAUGUGGUUUAUGUUUGUGUAUAUGGUGGUUCUUUAACAGCAUUAUGGGCAGGUUCAACAGCAUGAAGCCCUCUGUUUCUAGGUUGGCAUAUGAAAAUACGGUGAUGAACAUGGCGUGGAUAGAUGCAUUAUCUGCAUAAAAAGGAGCAUGUAGAAAACAGGUCAAAGGAUAGAAGAAAGCACAACUCCAGUGGUAGUGGAUUGAACUCUUACCACUAACAUACAUACCAUCUUGCUCGAAUAUGUCGAGUAUCUCGGAG